AUUUUGCAUUUCCGGGAUAACUGCUUUUUGUCUACUAACAAUUCUCCUCCCUGUCAGCUUGGGCACACUGCUUCAGAUGGCUGUGCACAGCACAGCCAUCCAAAGCAGUGUGCUUACAGUGAAGCAUACAGACACCACCUCACAGUAAAAGACACCCAGCACACAGUUAACCCUUUGAUCGCCACUCAUGUUAACCGCCUUCCUGCCCAGUGCCAUUACUACAAUGUCAGUGCUUUUUUUUAGCACUGAUCACUGUAUUGGUGUCACUGGGGAUGUCAGUGACACCAAGUCAGUUCCCCCCCAGUGUCAAAAUGUCUGCCGCAUUUCCUGCUAUAA